AUGUCGCUCGUGGAGCGUGUCUUUCCAGCCUCUGAGCUGGCUGCUCUGAAGCAUGCUGUCCUCGCCAUGGACGACCUGCCAACAGCAAAGCGGAGGAAGAUUGACAGACAGGAGUCCAUACAUUCCCGCCAAAGCAACGACUCAGGAUACCACUCCGACCAUUCGACCUCGUCAAAGACUUCGGGAAACGCGCACUCGCCAGCUUCGUCUUCGCACUCGGACGAGGAUGACUUCACCACUAAGAUUGCGGAAGCGCGAGCACGACUAUAUAGUAAUGCCAGCAUCAGCAUUUCGUCGCCUCCACGAGAAGCAGAAUCAGAAGCAGACUCCCCCGAAGAGUCUGUCUCACCGGCCGAUUAUCACUCGCCUGUAUCCGUAGAAACCUUGGCAGAUUCGCCGGCUCGCACGUCGGGAUGCAGCCUCGACACUUUUCUCCGUCUCGGAUUGGCGGUCACGACUCACGAAAGGAGUCUGCUAACAGCAAUAUCACCGCUGAAACCAACACCGAUUUACAGGACUGCAGAGAGCCAGGCACGCGCACUUCAGUUGCUGCAAAGGAGAAGAGCGGCCCUUCUACUUCGUCGCAAGCAGCUUGAGCAGGAGCGAAGGCCAUCAUACCAAGGAUUUGCAAUUUCGAGCCACGAAGUGGACGAGGAGGAUGAGUGUGAGGAGCAGGAAGAGCAAGAAUGCCAACAAAGUCAUCCGGAAACCAGCGCCGACAUUCCCAGAGCUGCUACUCUCGAUUCAGCACUCAGGCAAUCCCCAUUUGAGGACUUUUUCAACAUUGAAGCUGCUUGUGAAAACGCAGUGGAUGGUGCAGAGGUCGAUGGCCAUCCGAGAUCGAUAUGA